AUGGCUGAUCUGCAAGCACUGCGGGAUGAGCUGCUAGGGCAGCUCUGCAGGCGGUGUGCCGGAUGUGACAAGCAUGAUGCCAACGGGGAGGGUGGCGGAACUCAGGAUGGUGGGUCUAAAUCGGUGAAGGAGCCGGUGCGUGUAAAGUCCCCGGAGGAAAUUGCCCGCGACUUCAUCAACGCGGAAACCGGGGGCUGGCAGCAAACCCUGAAAACGGUCUCCGUCACUUACACGAACACUCGAUGCCUCAUCGCCAAAAGGCUUCGCAAGAAGGUGCUAGGAGCACUGGGCAUCAAGAGAAGAAACGACCACGAGGGUGUCGAGGACCCUGACGACGCCGAGCUGUUGAUUGGCCAUGGGAACGAGCCACUGCAGGGCACGGCAGCGCCUGACCUGCUCCUUUUCCCACAUCUCCGUUAUCCCCCUGCCUUACUCUCUAGCCAAUGCAAGGCACGGCAGCGCCUAACCUGCUCCUUUCCCCCCAUCUCUGUCUCGCCCCUUCCUUUACUCUCUGCCUGGAAGAGCCACUGCAAGGCACGGCAGCGCCUAAAAUGCUCCUUUCCCCCCAUCUCCGUCCUCCCCCUGCCUUACUCUCUGCCUGGCAGAGCCAAUGCAGGGCAGCCAAUGCAGGGCAGCCACUGCAAGGCACGGCAGCGCCUAACCUGCUCCUUUCCCCCCAUCUCCUUGGAAUACCCGAUCUUGGAGAAGACCGCCGACGGGAAGUUGAGCAGCAAACCCGACUACAACAGGCCAUUGUACGAGGAGAAAGUCAAGUGGUGCCGGAAGUGGGUGGAGCAUGCCAUCACCAACCUUGGGGUGAGCUAUGAUGCAGCCAUGGACGUGUUUGUGUUUGGCAACGGCAUCCUCAUUGAUGCGAGUGACUACGCAGCUGGAUUCAAGAAGACUACUAUUGUUCUGCAGUAG